AUGGUGAAGAUCGGCCGGCGCGGCAGCCUCAACGGCACGCUCCGGGUCGCGGGCCGGCAGGGGCACGUCGCCUAUCCGGCGCUGGCGGACAACCCGCUGCCCCGUCUCGUUGCGCUGCUGAAUGCGCUGCUCGCUCUGACGCUGGACGAGGGGACCGACCAUUUUCAGCCGAGCCGGCUGGAGCUCACUUCGAUCGACGUCGGCAACGAGGCCACGAACGUCAUUCCCGGCGCGGCGGUGGUGCGCUUCAACGUCCGCUUCAACGACCGCCACACUGGCGCGAGCCUCGAGCGCACCAUCCGCGCCCACCUCGAUGCGACCGGCGAGCCCUACGACUUGGCGAUCGAGGUCUCUGGCGAGGCCUUCGUGACCCCGCCGGGCCGGCUCAGCACCAUCAUCGCCGAGUCCGUCGCCGCCGUGACCGGCAUGACGCCCACCCUCAGCACCACCGGCGGCACCUCGGACGCCCGCUUCAUCAAGGACCACUGCCCCGUCGCCGAGUUCGGGCUUCUCAGCCGGACCAUGCACCGGACCGACGAAUGCGUGCCGGUGGAGUCGCUGGAACAGCUUACGGACAUCUAUCUCGGCAUCCUGCAGCGUUACUUCUCGGAUUCUUGA